AUGAUGAUACGUAAUGAUAAUAGACCAUUGUUGAAAGGACAAGCACAACAAUGUGUUGCUGUUCGAUAUUUAAUCGUCUCCAUCUUGUUGAUGAUUACUUUGAGUUGUGCUUCAACUCUUGCUGCCACACCUCCAGACUGGUGUGCUGCAUUAUCUGGUGAACAAGUUAAAUCAGCCUUUGGAUUAUGUGAUCCAUCUUUAUCCACUUCAAGACCAUCAUGGUGUACAUAUAAUAACUUUAGAGCAAGUCAACCAAUCACUUUUAGAGAUCCUGACAUUUUUAAUUGUGAUGCCACUGGUGCACAAUGUUUAUAUACCAAAAUAACAGACAAGACACCAAUUACAUCAACUGAAAAUAACAUGAUUUGUGUGAAAGAUCAAGAUGUUGAUAAUAUU